AUGGGCUGCCACCAGAGCAAGCUGGCGAUGCAUGAGGAGCUGGCCGAGGAGCGCGCAAAUGCGAGCGGGAACGCAACAGCGAGCGCAAACACUGCAACCAAGAACACUGACACCAAACAACAAGAGCCAUUGCUCCCCGUGUUGUGGGAUGGUGUGUCGCGAUCAAAACGUGGCCAGUGGCAGCAGCGCCUGGCCGAUGCUGCGCGUGCCAAGCUGGAUCCCUGUGAGCGACCAGCUGAGACACUGAAGCGUGUUUUGGAAGGCGACGCACUUCCCGACAGCGAGAUCCAGACACUGGGCACGCGACAGCCGGCCAUCCGCCUGUUCCUCUCCUCCACGUUCACUGACACGGAGGUGGAGCGCAACGCCUUGAUCGAGGACGUGUAUCCGUACCUCAAGUCCCUCGGACAACGCCUGCGUGUGCAAGUUUACCAGUCCUCCGAGAUGCGCUGGGGCAUUCGUUCUGAGGCCUCUGCCGCCCACGAAACCAGCGAGAUCUGCAUGCGGGAGAUCAAGAGGUGCCAGCAAGAAUCGAGCGGCAUCAGCUAUGUGCUCAUCCUUGGCAACAAGUAUGGCUUCCGCCCCUUUCCCGCCAAGAUCCCUGAGGAGGAGUUCAACCUGCUGAAGGACGAGAUGGCCAAGCAAGCCAAGCAAACUGCGUCCACUGUGACCCCAGCUGCGCUCAACAAGGCCAUGGAGUACAUGGACGAGUGGUUCGUCCUGAAUGAGAACGUCGUGCCGCCGACCCGCGAGCUCACGCCCGUGAAGAAGGAGCACUCUGAUGCGUGGUGGUCCGACAUCUUCCCUACGCUGCAGACGUGUCUGCGCCAGGCGGCAACGGGAGCGCCUGGGCUGUCUGAUGAGCGACGCGCCCUGUACGUGCAGAGCGUGACGGCGGAGGAGAUUGAGAACGGCCUGUUCAAGGUGGAGCCGAAAGAGGCGCGCGACAAGGCGUGCUUCGUCUUUGACCGGCGCCUGGAGGGCAUCGACGUUGCAUUGGACCCAGACACGGCUAAGCUGUUCAUCGACAUGGCUGGUGGCGAGGUGGACGAGGAGGCGCAGCAGCAGCUGGAGCGAUCGCGUGCGGAGGCGGUGCCGGCUGCCCUGUCACCAUCUCGCAUCAAGACCAUGACCAUCCCAUGGGGACCAGGCAUCGACCUCGCUCGCACCGACCACGCAGAGUACAUGCGCACCUUUGCCGACGCCUUCUGCGACACGCUGGCGACGGACAUUGAGCGUGUUGCGCGCGAGCACGCGUUUGAGAGCGAUACAGUGGUGGAGGAGGCGGCGGCGCACGCCAUGUUCGGCAACCUGCGGCGACGUGGGUUCGUGUCCACAGCAGCCACCCAGCAGACGGUUGAUGCUGCCCUUGCACACGUGCAACAACGCAUUACCGGUGGCAAGGAGGUCGCAGCUCCGUUUGCCAUCUGUGGCCCAUCUGGCAGUGGCAAGACUUCACUCAUGGCCCAUAUCGCAGGUGCCAUCAAAAAAGCCCACCCAGCUGCCGUCGUGGUGUCGCGGUUCCUGGGCACGUCGCGGGAGAGUGGCACUGCCCGCACCCUGAUGGCCAACGUGUACCGCCAUAUCCACCGCGCACUCAAAGGAAAGAAGCCAGCAGCAGCGCCAGCAGCCGACUUUGAAAAGCUGACAGAACAGUUCCAGGCCGCCCUCAAGCUUGGCACUGCUCGCAAACCGCUGGUGCUCGUGCUGGACUCGCUUGACCAGCUCUCGGACGAGGACCAGGGCCGUAACCUGGAGUGGCUGCCGCUCGCAUCACUGCCGCCAAACUGCGCCAUCGUCGUCUCCAGUUUGCCGGAUGUGGGCGGAUGCUGGGAGGUGCUCAAGGCCUCGCUGCCAGACACCAACCAGCAGCACGUGGCCAAGAUCAGCAAAGACGACGCAGACGGCAUCCUGAGCACAUGGCUGGCCGAUGCCAAGCGGUCCCUCAUCCCUGCACAGCGCAGUGUUGUGCUGGGCGCCUACGAGUCCUGCCCAACACCGCUGUACCUCCGCAUCUGCACGCAGUUCUUUGCGCUUCGCUGGACCCACAAAGACGCAAUUGCACCCGACUUCUUUCCCAAGACGGUGGAGGGCCUGAUGGAGAAGGUGUUUGAUGAGCUGGAGACGCGACACGGCAAGGAGACGGUGCGGGCAGCGCUCGGGUACCUCUCUGCCUCGCGCGGCGGGCUGAGCGACAACGAGAUGGAGGAUCUGCUGUCCUGCAACGACACCGUCCUGGACGAGAUUUACGAGUGGUGGGUGCCGCCCGUCCGCCGCGUUCCCCCGCUCAUCUGGGCACGCAUCGUGUCUGACCUGGAGGGCGCGUUGGUGGAGCGUGGCGCUGAGGGCGGUGUCAUCAUCCGUGCACGGUACCACCGGCAGCACCGCGAGGCAGCAGAGCGACGCUACCUCGGCCUCAACUCGCGCAGUGGUGCUGGAAAUGACACGGGUGAUGGUAGCGACGGUAACGGUGAUGGUGCUGGUGACGUCGCCACGUCCUCGUCCUCGUCCACGACCGCUACCUCCACUUCCACCACCACCACCACGGCCCUGACGGUGCAGCGGCACGGCGAGCUUGCAGACUACUUCAGCGGCAGGUGGGAGCACGGCCGCCACCUGCACGACAAGACGGACGACGCAAGUGCUCUGCGCGACCGCAAAGUGGCCUCCAUGAAGACGGUGCUGGCUGGUCGGCUCGAUGACCCGCGCUCCGGUGCUGUGGUCAACGCACGCAAGGUUGCCGUGCUGCCGUUCCACCUCAUGCAUGCGCAGCGGUGGGAGGAGUGCGCGACAACCCUGUGCGACCUCGAGUUCAUUGAGGCCAAGGCAACAGCGGGGAUGGUGCGGCAGCUGGUGGCAGACUUUGAAGACCUGCAGCGCAGUGGUGGUGGUGGUCGUCGUCAAGGUGGCGCACUGGAGAGCCUGCUCAAGAAACACAGUUUCAACAUCUGGACGCGGUUUGUGGCUCGCAACGCCAACAUCUUCGAGCGUACACCUGGUGCAGUCAUCGCACGCGCCUCGCUGUAUCCAGACCAGACAGCGGUGUUCAAGGCGGCUGAAACUGUGUUGUCAGCGCCAGGUUGCCGCCUACCACGCGUGCGCCAGUUUGAAAAACCGCAACAGUUGAGCUCGCUCGCAACCGUGUGCUCCGGGUUUUCGUUUCCGCCAAAGGGCAUUGCUUUCACUCGCAAUGGCAAGUGGGUGUGCGCCGGCGUGGGCAGCAAGCUUCGCGCGUGGGAUGCCAAUACUGGCAAAUCAGUUCUGACACUCAGCAUGCCAGGUCAACUGGAAUAUGUGUGCCGCGUCGUGCAGCUGCCAAACGGCCAUGUGGCGACGGCGUGUUCGUCUGGGCAGAUUCACGUGUGGAACCUCUCGACUCGCGAGCUGGUGUGGACCGUGGAAGUGGCGCAGGCAGAGGAAGAGUUCCGCUCAUUGUAUGUACCAGGUGAUGAUUUGACAGUCCUCGUCAUCGUUGGGCCGAAACCGCAGCCGUCUUCUUCUCAGACCGCACAGCCGACCAGCACGACCACCACUGACCCACGCCGUGUUCACCUGAUGCUGUACACACCGGACCUGCGCCAGUGCGUGUGGCGACAUGAGAUGGACGACACUGUCUUGUCUUGGCAGCUGCGGGACAACACACUUGUGGCGGGAACCAAUGACGGUCGCAUUGUGUGGUGGAAGUUGGGCGGCGCGCCGACCAUGGCAGCCGCUGUGCAGGCCAUCAUGGACCCUAUUGAAGGGACGUUGGUGGAGGUGGCAAGCUACGCAUUUCUCGUCAAGGAACGAGAGUUGCCAUUGCGCCAUUUGCCCAUGAGUCUGGUCUCUGGCGGACUUGAUGUUGUUGCUGCUGGACGAUUCCGAAUGCUGUCAUACAUCAAGGCAGAUGGCUCACUUUCAGUGGAGCGACAAUUCGAGCAUGAAAUCUCGGCUAUUCGUGUUGUGGCAGGCGGCGGCGCGCUGCUGGCCCUCGCUCGCGGCAUGUUCGGCAUCACCGUUAUCAGGGCUGACACGCUGGAGGCUGUGCAUCGAAUUCAAGCGCCUGCUAACCGAAUCAUGGCAGCGACACCUUCUGGCGACCUCCUCGCUUGCUCCGACUUGCAGCAGCCGUUUGUGGCCGUUUACAGCUUGGAGCAGGUCGAUGUGCAUGCCAAGGCCUUGACUGAUCGAGGGCAUCAACAACAGUCACUGAUUUCCGAGCCACAUGUGGCAAUGCUGGCUGCAGAUGGCGCAAGUGGGGCGGGCGAGAAGGAGACUUUACCUGCAUUUGCUGUUGGACGCGACGACCUCGGCUUUUACGACGCAGCGACGAUGGCGCUUGUACACACUGUUGCGCUCAAGGAGCACCGGGCGAGUGCCCUGAACCCAUUUAUCGUCCUCGACGCCGUGCGGCGCAAGAUGUACAAGGACGUCAUCACAUUCCGCGAGAUUAAGAAUACUGUGGCCGUGACGGCGGUGCUGCUGUGCACAACGACCAGCGAUGAUGGUGGCGAUGGUGCGGCUGUUCUUGCCACCUGUGACGGCAACACAAUUGUCAAGUUGUGGAGAUUGCAGCAAGAAGAGCACCCUUACGUGAGUAUCAAGGUGCACAGCGGAUAUGCAUCGUCUGUGUCGCUGGUGUGGUUGCCAAAGCAGCAGUUGCUGGCGUCUUGUGCACAAGAACAGCAUCUCCUGUUGUGGAACCUGGCCGGUGAGCUUGUGCGAGCAACCAACCUCAAGCCUGCGUGGGCAUUUCUGCAUCCGAGCUUGAAGUAUGUUGUCGCUGAAGCUUAUGGUGGCUUGCAGUUUCUCCACGCAAGCACGCUUGCACCUGUGUUUCGCGCAUACGGGCAUGACUUUGGUCUGGAAAUCAAUACGCGGAACAAACGUGUGCGAAUGACGCCCGACGGGCGCUUCUUUGUUUCUUGGGCCAUGGACGAUGCCAUCCUCGUGCAUGACUUCUCGCAUCUGACGUUGUGA